AUGUUAGAAGUAGUUACGCGGGACAUGAUGGUCAAUGAAAUUCGUGAACUAGUGGAAUUAGGGCAUGGUAGCAAGGAUUCUGGAACACAACUGUUUGAAAAAGCUAUGGACUCAAGACCUGCAAUCGCAUUUCCUCCUCCUGUUACUGCCCAAUGGGAAGAACAGAUAAAGCGGCUUUAUCUUCUUCUGACAGUAAAUGAAUCUGCUAUGGAUGUGCCUAAAAACCUUGAAGCAAGGCGGAGGAUCACAUUUUUCACAAAUUCAUUGUUCAUGGAUAUGCCACGUGCACCUCGAGUCCGUAAAAUGUUAUCAUUCAGUGUCAUGACCCCAUAUUAUAGUGAAGAGACUGUUUAUUCUAAGAGCGACCUUGACAUGGAAAAUGAAGAUGGUAUAUCAAUCAAAUACUACCUGAGAAAGAUCUUUCCAGAUGAAUGGGAGAACUUCAUGGAACGCAUCAAUUGCAAAGAAGACGCGGAGAUUUUUGAAAGUGAUGAAAGCAUAUUACAACUCCGUCAUUGGGUUUCUUUAAGAGGACAAACUCUCUGCAGAACAGUUAGAGGGAUGAUGUACUACCGGAGGGCAUUGAAGCUUCAGGCUUUUCUUGACAUGGCCACUGAAAAAGAAAUAUUGGAAGGCUAUAAAGCCAUCACCAUUCCGUCAGAGGAGGACAAGAAAAGCCAGAAGUCCUUGUAUGCUCAACUAGAGGCCUUGGCUGAUUUGAAAUUUACUUAUGUAGCCACAUGCCAAAAUUAUGGAAACCAGAAGCGUAGUGGUGAUCGUCGUGCAACAGACAUUUUGAAUUUGAUGGUUAACAAUCCGUCUCUUCGUGUAGCAUACAUCGAUGAAGUGGAAGAAAGAGAAGGAGGAAAGUCUCAUAAAGUCUACUAUUCUGUGUUGAUUAAAGCUGCAGAUAAUCUUGAUCAGGAAAUUUACAGGCUAAAGUUACCCGGAUCAGCAAAAAUAGGAGAAGGGAAGCCUGAGAAUCAAAACCACGCCAUAAUAUUUACAAGAGGGGAAGCUCUUCAGACUAUUGACAUGAACCAGGACAACUACUUGGAAGAAGCUUUCAAAAUGCGUAACCUGCUUGAAGAAUUUCAUGAGGAUCAUGGAGUGAGACCCCCAACAAUUCUGGGGGUUCGUGAACACAUCUUUACCGGAAGUGUUUCUUCUUUGGCCUGGUUCAUGUCAAAUCAGGAAACGAGCUUUGUCACUAUUGGUCAACGUGUCCUUGCAAGGCCUUUAAAGGUACGGUUCCACUAUGGGCAUCCUGAUGUCUUUGACAGAAUUUUCCACAUUACACGAGGUGGCAUCAGCAAAGCUUCAAAAGGCAUUAACCUAAGCGAGGACAUUUUUGCAGGGUUCAACUCAACGCUGAGAUGUGGUAAUGUAACUCAUCAUGAGUACAUACAAGUUGGGAAGGGACGAGAUGUUGGCCUCAACCAAAUCUCACUCUUUGAAGCUAAAGUGGCAUGCGGUAAUGGGGAGCAAACUCUAAGUCGUGAUAUCUACAGAUUAGGCCACCGCUUUGAUUUCUUUCGGAUGUUAUCAUUUUACUACACGACUACGGGCUUCUAUUUCAGCUCUAUGCUGGUGGUCCUUACAGUGUACGCAUACUUAUACGGAAGACUGUACCUCUCUUUAAGUGGAUUAGAGAGAGCCAUCAUGAAAUCAGCAAAAGCAAAGGGAGAUACUGCUCUAAAAUCCGUCAUGGCUUCCCAAUCUGUAGUUCAGUUAGGCCUUUUAAUGGCCUUACCCAUGGUUAUGGAAAUCGGACUAGAAAGAGGAUUCAGAACAGCCAUGGGUGACUUCAUCAUCAUGCAACUCCAACUUGCCGCUGUCUUCUUCACCUUCUCUCUCGGCACAAAACUCCACUAUUUCGGUCGAACCAUCUUGCAUGGUGGAGCCAAGUACCGAGCCACUGGGCGCGGGUUCGUGGUCAGACACGAGAAGUUUGCUGAAAACUACCGAAUGUACUCACGCAGCCAUUUUACAAAAGCCAUGGAAUUGUUUAUUUUGCUGGUGGUUUAUCAGGCGUAUGGGGCGGCAGCCACCAGCAGCACUGCCUACUUUUUUCUAACAGUUUCCAUGUGGUUUCUGGUGGUGUCAUGGCUGUUUGCUCCUUUUCUUUUUAAUCCUUCUGGGUUUGAAUGGCAGAAGAUAGUGGAGGAUUGGGAAGAUUGGUCGACAUGGAUUAGUAACCGUGGUGGAAUUGGUGUUCCGGCAAACAAGAGCUGGGAAUCGUGGUGGGAGGAGGAACAGGAGCACCUUCAGUACACCGGUCUGAUUGGACGUCUUAUGGAAGUAAUCCUUUCUCUCAGAUUCUUCUGCUACCAGUACGGGAUUGUUUAUCAACUUAGAGUUAGCCAAAGCGAUAAAAGCAUCAUGAUAUACGGUCUAUCUUGGAUUGUAAUUCUUGCAGUUAUAAUGAUCUUGAAGAUUGUUUCCAUGGGUAGGAAGAAGUUCAGUGCUGAUUUCCAGCUGAUGUUCCGCCUCCUGAAGUUGUUCCUCUUUAUUGCAUUGAUGGCCACGCUUAUAGUUCUCUUCCAAUUCCUCGGGCUUACUGUUGGAGACAUUUUCGCAAGCUUACUUGCAUUCAUGCCAACAGGAUGGGCAAUCUUGCAGAUAGCACAAGCAUGCAGACCAGCAGUGAAGGCAUUGGGGAUGUGGGGGUCGGUGAAGGCACUGGGAAGAGGGUAUGAGUAUAUAAUGGGGGUAAUGAUCUUCACUCCAGUGGCAAUACUUGCAUGGUUCCCAAUGGUGUAUGAUUUCCAAACCAGGCUUCUUUUCAACCAAGCCUUCAGCAGAGGUCUACAGAUCCAACGUAUUUUAGCUGGUGGCAAGAAGAACAAAUAGUAGUAGUAGCAGUAGUCGUAGUAUUAGUGGUAGUACUCACUCUCAUUACUCCUUAGUAGCAUAAACACAUAGCA